AUGGAGGCCGAAGCCAAGGCAGCUGAGUCCAGCAUAGAUACAUCACUCACCAAAGAAGAUGCCUUGAAGGCGGCUAUUGCAGCGGCCGAGCUGUAUAUGAAAGCGACCAGUCUUGCAAGCAAUGAUCGGGAUAAGACCCGGUUGAAAGGGAAGUGCAAACAGCUCAUUUCCAGAGCCGAAGAAAUCAAGAAGUCGAAGGACUGGAUUCCAGUAGAUAAAGAUCUCACUUUGAAGGCUCCUGUUUCUAGAAGAGCUAUCACCAGAAAGGAAGAGCUCAUCUUGCUGGAAGGAUCCAAGCUUCAUGGCUUCAUCUUCCCUCCGUGGACCGGUGAUCCCGAAGAUUCUAUAUUCGAAGAGGAGUUCGACGGUUCGCCAUUAUUCAAUGAGCCAGGAGAUCUUUCAUUAUCUGAGUGUCAGAUAGACAACUUCGGUGGAUGGAAAAGACCUUCUGAACUCUUCCCUCAGCAUGCCGGCUUGCAGAUGACCAUCGCUCCGAAUAUUGAUCUUGUGCAAGACAUCACUACCGACUGUUCUGUGGUAGCAAGCCUCUGUGCUGCGACCGCACGUGCUGUCAAAGGCCAUGGAACACUUUUAGCUUCAAUCACAUACCCUUGUGACAAGCUUCAAGGACGAUUACGAGUCUCCAAAAAUGGCAAAUACAUAUUUCGUCUACAUUUUAACGGCUGCUUUAGGAAAGUGGUAAUUGAUGACCGUCUCCCGUCUUCAAAUACAUCACGUAGUCUCCAUGUAAUAGAUCGAAAUAACCCUCACCUGCUCUGGCCUGCUUUAAUCGAGAAAGCGUAUCUCAAAGUCAGAGGUGGCUAUGACUUUCCCGGAUCAAACUCAGGAACAGACCUCUGGGUGAUAACGGGCUGGAUUCCAGAGCAAGUUUUUCUUCGAAGUGAUGAUCUCCAACCCGACCAACUAUGGGCCCGGGUCUACAAGUCUUUUGGCUUUGGAGAUAUCAUGGUCACCCUUGGGACUGGCAAGCUCUCGCUCAAAGAAGAGAAAGCCCUUGGACUAGCUGGCCAACACGACUACGCAAUCCUUGACAUAAAAGAAGUCGGGUCACAGCACUUCAUGCUCGUCAAAAACCCCUGGUGCGAUGGCAUGGUAUGGAAAGGAUCUCAGCCCAUCCCCGCAGCACUAUCUUCAAACUCGUCAUGGACAUCCGAUCUCAAGGAUGCUCUUCCAAGCGAGUCCAUGUCUCCUGGUACAUUCUGGAUGACUUUCGAAGACGUGUCACAGCAUUUCGAAUCACUUUACCUGAACUGGAAUCCGGGACUCUUUAAGAAUCGCGAGGACCACCACUUCUCAUGGACAAUUCCUUCCAUCCAAACCGGCAGCUUUAUCCACAACCCGCAAUACGCUUUCUCCUCAUCCGCCUCUGGACCGGUUUGGAUUAUGCUCAGCCGACAUUUCGCAACAGGAGACGAAGACAUAGCACGAAAAUCAAGGUCCUCAUCCCAUUAUUCAGGAUCGGGCUCCAGCGGACUAGGCUUUACAAGCCUCUAUAUUUUCUCGGCCUCGGGAAGACGGGUAUAUCUGAGCGAUGAUGCAAUCCACCGCGGAGCCUUCGUAGACUCCCCUCAAACGCUAGCAACCAUCGACGCCUCCCCCUCGGAAUCCUAUACGAUAGUCGUAGCGCAACACGGGCUCCCCCUCCCCAAGUACUCCUUUACCCUCUCCUUUUUCUCGCGCUAUCCCCUCGCCAUCGACAAAGCUACUGACUCUCUCCCGCACUGCACCACCCACACCGGCUCCUGGACCCUCCGCACCGCAGGCGGCAACGCCUCGGCGCCCACCUAUCCCUCUAACCCACAGUUCAGCAUCUCUCUCCCCUCUCCCUCUCCUCUGACCCUCAUUCUGGAAACAGACCAGGAAGAGCUCGCUGUACACGUCAAGCUCGUCUGGGCCGACGGCUUCCGCGUCUCCGUCGUCACCAGCAAAGACAUCGUCGGCGGCUCAGGCGACUACCGCCGCGGUUGCGCCCUGGCAACCCUCCCCAGCGUCGCAGCCGGCAAGUACACCAUCGUGUGCUCCACCUUCGAAGCCGGCCAGACCGGAAACUUCACCCUCCGCAUAGGCUCGCAGGUGCCCUGCACGGUUCUCCCGCUCCCGCCUGAGACGGCAGGCCGACUCUCACUCCGUCUCCCCCGGCUGGUCUUCCAGGACACGUGCGAUCGCAUGCUCGCUCCCCUUAACGCCUCCCGGCUCACGAAGCUGCGCAUCAUCGCGCGAUCCCCGCACGCCCUGAGCUACGGGUACCCAUUGCGUUCGCGGCCGCUGAUCAAGUUGUCGAUCGAGCUGGGCCAGGGCCCGAAUAAGUGUUUAUUGGACGUGAGCGCCAACGGCGAGUUUAGCGACAGUCCCAUGGGCAUCCGGACCCGGGAUUUGGAUUUGGGUCCCGGCAUGGGGCGGCAGGGUGGUUGCUGGGUUGUUGUUGAACGGCUUGGGGGCCGAGGAGGCGUUGACGAGGUCGAGGUCGAGAUCUUGAGCGAUGCACCUGUUGAGGUGGGUUAUUGGGGAACGGGAGAUGGAUGA